CACAUACUUACGCCUUUUACUUCCGGAUCCUUCCACCGUCUUCCUUUUAUCUCCCACUGCUUCUUCAUCUCGACCCUUCCACCCUCUGUGAGGGUUUCUCUGCAAGAAACCCAAUUUCAAGUUGCAAUCUUCAACCACUCCACAAAGGAGUGAUUCUUCUUCAAAUCCCAUCUCAAGAAGUUGUUUCUAGCACUCCCAAAUCAAAACCCCAAAUUAUACAAAAAAAUGCCUUCAUUAGAGAUCGAAAUUUUAUCAGUCUUUGACGUCUUUAGCGCUUCUGCUUAUGGCGAUCUGCUGAAACUGCGAAAAUUCGUCGAAGAUGAUGUCGUUUCUCUCUCUCAACCUGAUGCAAAUGGCUAUUACCCCCUUCAAUGGGCGUCCGUCAAUAACUUCCCCGAUGUUGCUCAGUACAUUAUCGAGGUAUUGAGGUACACUUCACUCUAUGGGAAAUACUCUUCAAUAUUAAGGGCAAAUAUGUCCAACAAAUACUCUUCAAACAUUGGUUUUACACUGCAAGUCAUUGAUGCAAUUGGAGAUUGCAGUAUAGCUAUAGCUUUUGACACAAGUUACCCAAAAGUACAAAUUCAUUCGUUCUUGGAAUUUCGGUUACCGACACUACACCAAAAGCAAUAUUGUGCAUAUCGUGCAUCCAACAAAACUGAAGGCUGCAACUUGAUAUUUUUUUUAGCAUUUUCCAUCCGUUUUGCCUCCAAACUUCCGUCAAAUUAUAUGCUGAAAGGAUGGUGGAUUAAGAUCUUUUGA